AUGGCUGCUCCUGGGAAGCCGGAGCAGAACUACGGUGUGGAGAUGUAUGGAUUUCCGGAUUUCGUGCAUGUUCCACCGAAAAAGACCCAUUAUGAUACAUGGAGUACGAGAAGUAGCAGUGGAUGUAGCAGCAGUAGCAGCCCAAAUCACUUGGAUGAACUUCAUGUGGACAUUCCACAUUCGUCGACAGCUUCUGUUGCCUCCACAAGCAACACAUCACAUCCAUCUGCCGACACCACCCUUAGCAUAGUGACUGAAGCAGCCCAGCCGCCGACCUUUGCCGAUCUCAAACCUGUUGCGCCAAAAGCAGAUUUAGCAGUGGGCCAACGAGCACCCAUCUCGACGAUGGUCUCGACAGCUGCACUGCCCGCUGAAGUUCCUCAACUGUCAGCGUUUCCCAGUUCUACACAAACAGGAAUACAGCCGGUGCCUGCAGCGGCGGAUACAGUAAUUCCGGUAGCUCCGAUACCAAUUCGCCCUUCGCCCACUUCAGCGGCGACAGAAGGCGGUCCCCCUCAAAUCACCCAUGAUGCUCGAUUUUCAAGUUACGCGGAAUUCGAGGAUGCUUUCGAAGCGUGGAAGAAAAAAUGUUUGCACCCAUUCCGAGUUGCUUCAUCUGAAACCUUGCGAGAACCAGAUGGUACAGUAAACCAUCGGUUCAAGUAUCGCUAUGUUGUGUUCCACUGUGCUCACUAUGGAGAACCGAGAAUGCGAGGUGAGACCAUUUUCGACCCCAUACGUUCAGCACCUGUUGCAGUGACGCUUGUCUCAACUUGA